GGUGAACUUUGAGUUCUUGCUUCUACAAGAAUAAUUUCAAACCAGAAAUAACUAACAUCAAGAACAAUGUCUACCGUAGGAAAGACUAUUAAAUGUAAGGCAGCCGUUGCAUGGGCUCCAAACACUGACCUAUCUAUCGAAACCAUUGAGGUUGAGGCUCCAAAGGCCCAUGAAGUCAGAGUUAAGGUCGACUUUACUGGUGUUUGUCACACUGACGCUUACACAUUAUCAGGACAGGAUUCUGAAGGUGCUUUCCCUGUCAUUUUCGGUCACGAAGGUGCAGGAAUUGUUGAAUCUGUUGGUGAAGGUGUCACCAACGUCAAGCCAGGUGACAGUGUUGUUUUACUUUACACCCCAGAAUGCCGUGAAUGUAAGUUCUGCAAGUCUGGUAAAACCAACUUAUGUGGUAAGAUUAGAGCCACCCAAGGUAAAGGUUUAAUGCCAGACGGAACCUCUAGAUUUAAAUGUGAUGGCAAACCUUUGUUCCACUACAUGGGUUGUUCGUCAUUUGCUCAAUACACUGUUGUUGCUGACAUCUCGGUUGUUGCCGUUGAUCCUAAGGCACCAAUGGACAGAACCUGUUUGUUAGGUUGUGGUAUCACCACUGGUUAUGGUGCUGCUGUCAACACUGCAAAGAUGGAUGAAGGUGAUACCGUUGCAGUUUUCGGUAUCGGAUGCAUUGGCCUCUCCGUGAUCCAGGGUGCUGUUGAAAAGAAAGCAUCUAGAAUCAUCGCCAUUGAUAUCAACGAUAAGAAGAAAGAAUGGGCUUCAGACUUUGGCGCCACCGAUUUCAUUAACCCAAUGAAGGACUUGAAGGAAGGUGAAACUAUUGUUUCUAAGCUAGUUGAGAUGACUGACGGCGGAUUAGACUGGACUUUUGACUGUACCGGUAACGUUCAAGUCAUGAGAAACGCCUUAGAGGCAUGCCACAAGGGAUGGGGUACUUCCAUCAUCAUCGGUGUUGCUGCUGCCGGUAAGGAAAUUUCCACCAGACCAUUCCAAUUGGUCACCGGAAGGGUUUGGAAGGGUUGUGCCUUCGGCGGUGUCAAGGGUAGAACGCAACUGCCAGGAUUGGUUGAGAAGUAUGUCGACGGCACUUUGAAAGUUGAUGAGUUCAUAACACACAGACAUCCUUUGGAAAAAAUCAACCAAGCUUUCCACGACAUGCACGAUGGUGACUGUAUCAGAGCCGUCAUUAAGAUGGACGAUUAACUAUGCCAUGGUAAAGAAUCACGUCUAUGAAGUAAUAUUCUCCAUCUCUGCUCUGUAUGCAAACUACUGUGCGCAUGUACUCCGGAAUGAGGCGUGAUUAGCCUGCCAGCUCUUUACAUACAUUUUUUUCAGCAAACCCACCCUUAUUUAUAGUAAUAACAUGAACCUGUUUCACUAAUACAUCAGUAACAGCAAGGUAGUUGUUCUCUUAGGC